AUGACCUCCUCCUGGUCAAUCGUUCUUCAUGUCAUCGUCAUGUCAGCAGAAUUCUUCACAGGAAUGACAGUGAAUGGAUUUCUUAUCCUCAUCAACUGUAACGACUUGAUCAAAAGCAGAAAACUAAUGCCAAUGCAAAUCCUCUUAAUGGGUAUAGGGAUGUCUAGAUUUGGUCUGCAAAUAGUGCUAAUGCUACAAAGCUUUUUCCCUAUAUUCUUUCCAAACUUCUAUGUGGUAAAAAUUUAUGGUGCGGCAUUGAUGUUCUUCUGGAUGUUUUUCAGCUCUAUCAGUCUCUGGUUUGCCACCUGCCUUUCUGUAUUUUACUGCCUCAAGAUUUCAGGCUUCACUCAGUCCUGUUUUCUUUGGCUGAAAUUCAGGAUCCCAAAGUUAAUCCCUUUGCUCCUUCUGGGAAGUCUGCUGGCCUCCGUGAGCACCGCAUCUCUGUGUAUUGAGGUAGAUUACCCCAAAAACGUGGAUGAGGACACCCUCAGAAACAUCACGCUAAAGAAGACGAAAGCCAGGAAGAUAGAGCAAAUUAAUGAAGUGUUCCUUGUCAACUUGGCGUUAAUAUUUCCUCUAGCCAUUUUUGUGACGUGCACUUUCAUGUUACUCCUUUCUCUCUACAAGCACACUCACCGGAUGCAGAAUGGAUCUGGUGGUUUUAGGAAUGCCCGCACAGAAGCCCAUAUAAGUGCACUAAGAAUGGUGGUGACAUUCUUUUGUUUCUUUAUUUCUUAUUUUGCUGCCUUCAUGACAAAUAUGACGUUCAGCAUUCCUUAUGCAAGUCAGCAGUUCUUUGUGUUGAAAGACAUAAUGGCAGUGUAUCCCUCUGGCCACUCGGUCAUCAUAAUCUUGAGUAACUCUAAGUUCCAACAGUCAUUUAGAAGAAUCCUCUGCCUCAGAGAGAAAUGA